AUGUGCACCAGCACCCCAUCAAUACAUCAAUCAUUGUAUUGCAAACUUGUCCGCCGGGUUCGCCGCCGCCUCCGCACCCCGCCACCACCGCAGGACCCCGCCGCCACCGCGCACCUCCUCUACCCGCGCCGCCGCCGCCCCGUGCGCCGCUUCCGCCCUCUCUGCCGCGCCGCCCUCCGCAGUUGCGCCACGCCUCCCUCCGCCGUGAGCCGCCCGCUGCCUCCUGCCACGCCGCCCUCUCCCUCCAUCGCCGCUGCGCCACCGCGCCGCCCGCUGCCCCCUGCCGCGCCGCGCCCUUCCCGCAGCCGCGUCGCCCGUCGCUGCCUCCGCCUCCUCCCAAACCCUAACCCUACCCGCCGCCACGGCGCCAUGUCUUUCAAGGGCUCCUCCAUGACCCGCUCGUCGAACCCCUUCGCCGGCCCCGAGCCCUCCGCCGCCGCCAUCCGUGACCUCAACAUUGAGGUCCGGGUCCCUAUCCGUCUCGACAGCUCCAGCAUGUCGUACUACACGUGGAAGACCUACUUCAACCUCAUCUUCUGCAGGUACUAUCUCACCGAGCACAUCGACGGUUCCGUGGACAGCGAGUACAUGCGGGGCGAUCCGGAGUGGUCUGCCAUUGAGGCCACGAUCAUCCGAUGGUUCUACCAGACCGUCUCGAAGGACAUCUUGCACACGGUCGUCGCCCAGGACGACGAUGCCUGCGACGUGUGGGCCAAGAUCAACGUGCUCUUCACCAGCAACAAACUUCAGCGCCUUGUUUUCUUGCAGCAGGAGUUCUUCGGCUGUCACCAGGACAACUCCACCAUCGAUGAGUACUGCAUGAGGAUCAAGAUGCUCGCCGACGAGCUUCGCGGCAUCAGCGCUAAGGUCUAUGACGACCUCAUGCUAAUCACCCUUGCCGCCGGCCUUAACGAGGACUUCAUCAACGCGGCGUCCAACCUCACCCUGUUGCCGCAGCCCACUUUCCAGCGCGUCAUCGUGUACCUCAAGCUUGAGGAGCGCUAG